GAAAGACACUUAAGAUUCUCGCAUUCGUCAACGAGUUUCCAAUUGUACGCAAGCGAAUAUGUUAACAGUAAAAAUCGUUUUAAAGGUCGGUUGACGUUGAAAAGAAUAGCUGCACUAUGUUUUAAGGGAACAUGUUAUCUAAGCGUUAAAACUAAGGAAAUAGUGAAUGCAAAUUAGUGAUUGUUGAGAAGAAACACUGAGAAUAACAGGAUUUACAUUUCCUUGGAUCACAGCAUGGAUGUUCAGAAUCAAAUUUACUUACUAGCCGCAGUUCUUGGAGGAGUUUGUGCACUAUUGCUUGUUUGUAUUGCAAUAUUAGCCGUAGUAGUAGUGAGCACUAGAAAAAUGGUUACUUCCCAGAAAACUAACAAACCCUACGCAAACUACGGAUUCCAACAUGAUCCAUCCAGCCACAACAUAACUGAUGAUUUUCGACCACCGAAAGCGGAACCGAUCCAUCAAUCGCGCCAAACUAACAAAAGCAAUCUUGCCAAACCCCGCAAUGAUGAAAGUUACAACCUGGGCCGCAAAGAGAAAGUAAGCGUGAAGGGACCGAAACAACGUGACGACCGGAAGAAGCGACGGCAGUCGGAAAGCGGUGAUACUUCCGGCCGAGACUUCGAUAGUGCCUUCGAUAAUGAGAUCAACAAUGCGUUUGACUUCGAUGACGAUUACGAUGACCAGGAUAGCGUCGAGAGCUACCGGAACAACCCGUAUGGGCAGCAGCAGAAGGGUCGCAACCAGCCGCCUCCUCCACAGCAGUCGCGUCCGGCACAGGGUAACAGUAGAUCCCCCGGAAGGGCUCAGGGAUACGGUGGUGGAUACAAUGCUGGCAAUCCACACGAGGGAAAAACCUACUUCAAUGGAAGGGAUAUGUAUUGAUAUGUAGGUGAUUUGUGCAGCCAUAGACAUUCUGUACUUAAAGUAUUCAACAUUUAUUACAGAAAAGGUAUAAAUUAUUAAAUACACAUGUCUUAAACCGA